UGCGCUGUUAUCUGCCAGAUGUCACACUAUGAAGACGUCCGUGGCUCUGUACGUGCUGAGCGCUGUUACCAUCACUACUGCCAACCAGGCUCCAGUGUCUCACAAACGCUUCAUCAUUGACGAAGAUGAUUUCAGCAGUAAUCCAUGGAAUCCAACGCGUGAGAAUGCGGGAACACAAAUUUGGGGUAUCAACCCUGAAGACACUGAUAUCGCUAAUGAAUGGAAUAUUAAAAGAAUAGCGGUGGAACGCAGUUGGGAUGACGAUCAUGACAAAGGAAGUGACACGGAUUGGAGAUACCAAGAUGAGAAUGUGUCCCCUGGACAUAAGGACAGCAUUUACAAAGGUUCUAGAGUAAUGCAUUCUGGUACCAGAGACGGAGAAUGGGGGCUCAGAAAAAAUGGAAAUACAGACAGUACGCUGUGGAAGCCUGUUAACGAAGAACUUGACGACUUACGCUCUCAGACUAAAAGUUGGAUAACUAAUGACAGAAACGUAAGGCACAACAAUGAACUGAACUCUGAUGGUCGGAGACUUGUGUCUGAUAAUUGGAGGAGCCUCGCAGGGAAUGUUGUCCGGAAACCUGAUCAUAAGGACGGUUUAUGGGCUCGGAAUGGUGAUGACAGACGCUCUAACAUUAACCCUCAGAGAAUCAGGGAUGAGGCACAGUGGCUUUACAGACGCGGCUUUACCCAUCAAAACAAUGACUACUGGUACACCGAUGACGCACACCCUGGCUUCGCUUUUGUACUGACUGGAGUUUCGAUGGCUGGUCCACAGGUUGCUAAGCUGGAUGGUGAGUGGUUGAAAAACACAGAUACAGGUGAGAUGGAAGACGGACCCUGGGAAAGGCAUGACGAAUUUCGAGACGGCUCUUAUGAACAAUUUGAGGACAUCGCUCUGAAAACCAGGAAAUCCAUGUAGGAUAUUUAUUGUGAAGGAGUCUUAUGAAACUUCGUGGUUGACUGACACUGGAAUCAAAGUUCUCUAAACACUGGCAUCUUCAAAAUAAGAACUAAAACACAGGCGUGAAUCAACCAUGAACGAAAGCAUUAGAUCAAUGACGACUAGGUAGUGGUGCAAGUAAAAAACAUAUAUAUUGGCAUUCCGGUUGUGAGAAAUCUGAUUGUUUGUAUACAGAAUAAGCCAACAACGCCAUAUACUUACGCGGAGCGUGUCAACAGAGUGUAUGUAUGUAUCACCAAGAUGUGAUCGAGUUUCUAGAUGAAAUUAGACCAGUGACAGAUAUCAAUAGACACAUGGAGACUGUAACACUUUGUGUUCUUUGUAAGAUGUAAAUAAUAAUGUAAAACGUUAAUAAAGUGCUUAUACAA